GAUUAUAGUUGUGCUAUAUCAAGCCUUGUUCUAUGAAGUGCUAGUACGGAAUCUUGAACUUGGUUCUUACUAGGCAAGUAAUCUGCCAACACUUUCUAGCCUAUUCUUAAAUUUAGAUGUCAGAAAUAUAGCACCUACCAGAUGGCCAAGUGGAUAAAAGUGUUUGCUGUCAAGCCUGACAACCUGAGUUAUAUCCUUGGGACCCACAUGGUGGGAAAGAAGAGAAUUCUCUUCCACAGGUUGUCCUUUGGUCUCCAUAUGUAUGCCUUGGCAUACACAAAUAAAUGCAGUCUAAUUUUUUUAAGCACACUCUUGCUAUCCUAGUUGCUCAGGAAGCUGAGACAGGAAGACCUUUGAAUCCAGAACUUAGGAGCUAGCUUUGGUGACACAGUGAGCCUCUUACUGAGAGAGAGCAAUCAUUUGCAUUGGCUACUAUGUCACAGACACCAAGAGGUUAUUCACUUCACACCUGAGACCUUGAAGAGCUCCUUAGGAAGGAAUAUUGGAAACCAGCAGGAGGCCAUGCUGUCUCUGAUUUCAGAGCUAUUGAGCCACAGAUGAUUCCCAGGCUGCCUUCUGGGAAAUCCUCAAGACUACGUUCUCGGUCUGGUUCAGAUCUGCGGUUUUAGUGACAUUCUUAUUUCCUCUUUAGCAUCUAAAAAAAAAUUUGGGAAUAGUUUAAUGCGGUUAAAAAUAAAGCUUUUGUUUCAUCCUCCAUUGCCCCAAAUACACAAAGAAAGUGAGUGAUCUGGAUACUUUUUUUUUUUUUUUGGUUCUUUUUUUCGGAGCUGGGGACCGAACCCAGGGCCUUGCGCUUCCUAGGUAAGUGCUCUACCACUGAGCUAAAUCCCCAGCCCCAGAUCUGGAUACUUUUUUAAAAAACCUUUUUAAGGGCUGGAGAGAUGGUUCAGCAGUUAAGAGCACUGACUGUUCUUCAGAGGUCCUGAGUUCAAAUCCCAGCAGCCACAUGAUGACUCACAACCAUCUGUAAUGGGAUCUGGUGCCCUCUCCUGACCCACAGGCAUACAGGAGGCAGAACACUGUAUGCACAGUAAAUAAAUAGAUCUUUAAAAACAAAAACCUUUACAAAAAUUCCCUGGAUGACUGUGUGUGCUGGGGUGGGGGACAGUAUAUGUAUAUGAGUGCAGUUACCGGUAGAAACCAAAGUAGUUGUCUGAAGAUCCCCUGAAGCUGUAGUUGUUACGAGCCAGCCAACAUCACUGCUGGGAACCAAACUCAUGUCCUCUAUAAGAGCAGUACGUGCUCUGACCAGCAUGUCUUGUGUGUUACUUUUGUGAGAACAAAACUGGUGAUGCCCGCCUGUGAUACCAAUGUCAGAGACGGACACAGGCAGGCAUCUUACUGUAGGCCUCCUUGGCCUACAACACCGCAACUUCUUGACCAUCCAGAACUGCACAAGUGAGACCUUGUCUCAAAUGAAAAACAAAUAAAUAAACAAAAAACAAAACAAAACAAAAAACCAAAGAGAAAGAAAGAUGGAAGCUGGGUAUGGUAGCAUUGCCUUUAGUUUCAGCACUCGGUGAGGAAGAGGUAGGCAGGUGUGAUGGCUAUUCCUGGUUGUCAAGUUGACUAUAGGAAUUGAAUGAGCUAUAAUUCAGAAAUGGAGUGCACACCUGUCUGUGAUCUUGAUGCAGGCUUUUGAUUUGGAUCUUCACAUGGGAUGACAUGUACUUUUGAUCCAGAUAUUGAGGUUUAGUAGCCAUGAAAAGCUUAGGUUCAGGCAAAGUGAUACAGGAAACAGAGGCAAGUAGAUCCCUGAGUUCAAGGCCAGCCUAGAACAGAGCAAGCUCCACAUAAGAAAAGUUCAGGUCCAGGCAUGGUGAUACACAGCUUUAACGUUGUCCAUACCUUCUGCUGGAGGCCUACAUAAGGACAAUGGGACAAUGGCUUACUUGCCAGCAUAUCCUUUGGCUCCUACUUCUUCAGGAGUCCAGCUUAUACAGAAGACUGGCUAAAACAUUGAGCCUUGUGGGACAGAGCAACUUCUGGAUUCUUGGACUUCAUUCAUACCUGCCCAUUGGUGGGUUAGUUGGACAGCAGACUAUAAAUCAUUCCAAUAAAUUCCCUGACUAUAUAGAAACUAUCCAUAAGUUCCGUGACUCUAGAGAACCCUGACUAAGACAACAGAUCUCUGUGAAUUCAAGGCCAGCCUGGUUUACAAAGUUUCAGGACAUCCAGAGAAAUUCUAGGUCAAAAAACAAGAACAAAUCACCACCAACAAAGAAAGAUACUGGGGCUGGUAAAACGGCCCAGUUGGUAAAGUGACUGCCUGAGUUUGAGCCCAGAAUUCAUGUAAAAGGAGAUGGGUGCUCAUAGAAUACUUGCAGUCUUUGUGGAGGAAAGGCAUAGACAAAUAUUUCCUUAGAGUUUCCUGGCCAGCCAGCCAACUCACCUACUUGGGAGUUCCAGGUCAGAGGGAGACUUUGCCUCUAAAAGAAAAAGGUAGACAGUCCCUGAGGAAUGAUACCCAGGGUUGUCCUCCAGCCUAUAUACACCUUGCCUCUGUACAUGGACUCACAUAUCUGUGUAUGUAUGUACUUCCUAUGAGGGCAUGCUGACACAGACACUGGAACACAUGUGCAUAAAAAGCUGAAAUGAGGGGCUGGAGAGGUGGCUCAGUGGUUAAGAGCACUGACUGCUCUUCCAGAGGUCCUGAGUUCAAUUCCCAGCACCCACAUGGUGGCUGACAACCAUCUGUAAAGAGAUCCGAUGCCCUCUUCUGGUGUGUCUGAGGAAAGCUCCAGUGUACUUAUAUAUAAUAAAUGAAUAAAUCUUUAAACAAAAAAAGCUGAAAUGAAUUUACAUUAAGAUUAAGACACCAGAUUAUUCCAGGUAGGGACUAUUUUAUCAAGGCUUCUAGGAUUUUUUUUUCUUCCUUCUCAUAAACCACUUAUCUCCUCUCCCUUUAGUUCCAUAGUUCAAAGGUCUAGUGGCCUUCUUGGGGAAUUGCCCCAGUUCUAGACUUUCUGGAAUGGUUCUUUAAAGGCAAAACAGUAGUCUUCACAGAUCUGCCCCUACCCUUCAGAGCCCCUGUGAUUUAUGGUACCAUGAUGAGCCAUCUGCUUUGGUAUGGUUACCAAACCAGCCCGUACAGACAGCACUGGGAACAUUUGUUUAGUCAGUUAGUUCCCCUACUUCGGUGUAGUUAGCAAAUGGUCUUCAACUGGAAAGAACUGGGAAACAGCUUGACAAACCUUGUUCCAUUUGCUGUCCUGUUCAAAAUAAAUACUACGGGUUGAAUUUGUUCUGGAGCCUUCCUUGUUUGUUUGUUUUUUUUUCUUUAAUUCUUGGUUCUGAAUUAAACUUAUGUAUGGUCCCUACAAGGGUGAGAUAAAGUUGAGUUCCAGCUAAAGAUCCUACCUUCUUCUGAGGCAGGGUCUUGCUAAACAACCCAUGUUGGUCUUGAACUCACUCUGCGCUGCUUCUGCAUCAGUCCCUUGCCGGUGUGGGAAUUACAGGUUUAUGUACCGUGUGAGGCCUUUUGUGUCCACCCCCACACUUCCCACAAGUAUUUUCUGGAUAAAGAGAACUAAAUAAAGCUGUUUAUUUUGCAAAUAACAAUGAGUCCCAAUACUCGACUAGUCUGAAAGAGGCAAAAUUUUCUUUAAAACAAAUUAAAGUAUUUGUUUUGUAAGUACAGAAAGCCAGAUGUCUUUGGGGUCACACGUGGCAUUGGAUGUCAGACUACUGCCUUUUUUGGAGACAUGGUUGCACUCUGAAGGCCAAGUUGACCUGGUAUUCACUAUCUAGCACAGGGUGGCUUUUAAUUUAUGAGAAUCUGCCUGCCUCAGCCUCUGUGGAGUCCUCGGAUCACCUCCAAGUGUGAGUCACCAUGCAUGGGUAAGACUACUAUAGUUUAAAACAUAUUUUAGUACAGCCUGGAACACCAAAAGAGGCCUUAAAUCUGGCAAAGUUCCCAACAUUAUCUCUUUAAAGCAAUGAUUUAAAACGUCUGAAAAGCAACUGGUAUCAGAAUAAAGUGACUUUGCUCAGUGACUGGCUGUAAGACGAUGAGACCACAUAAACCAAUCAUUCUAUUGGAGGAUGUUUCUGUUGGCAGUUACAGAACUGUGAACCUCUAUCCCAGUAAUAUGCACAUGUUUAAUCUUAUAUUCCAAUUGUUUAGUUUUAAAACGAAUUUAGGAACACAAAGCUCUUUCUCUUGUCUACUAAAGAUGUGAAAAACAGCAGAGAAUGUAAAAAUCCUGUGUGCUUUAGCAAAACUUUUUUGCUGUAUUUAAUAAUACUUUGGGUUUAAGGAGUGUCUUUACCCCAGUUCAAACUGUGAUAGCAAACGAAAGUAUCAUUUUUUCCAACUGUCAAUCACUAAUGUCUUCCUAAAAGACCUAGAAGGCUGUUUAUGAACGUUGUUUGAUAGCUAUACCACGGUGGUCUUCUUCUUCCAAUCCAGACUCUUCAGGAUCAAGCUGAAGAGUUGGAAACCAAGGCAGGGAGAAAAAGAUGUGACAACAGUCAGCAAGGGAAAAGUGCCAACCUCAAGCACUUGGAUGUGUAGCGUCCAGGCCACCGUCCUUUGUGGGAUUUACAAUUUAAACGGGCCUCAAAGCACGAGAUUGGCUGGGGAACUGCCCUGAGCGCAGUUGGGCUGCUCGCAUGGCAUUGCUGUUACCUCUGGCUGGGCUCCGUCGACGUCCGGAGCCUGCUUGCCCGUCGGGCAGCUGUCGAGCCGCGGGAGCCGGUUCGUAGGCAGGGCCGAGAAGCUUGGGCCGCCGCUGCCCCAUCGCUGACCCUCGCGCGAAGCUGCGCACACAGACUGGAGACAUUUUCCCGGCUGGGCCUCCCUCGCAAGCUGCGGCCCUGGGGUUAGGGGCGGCCCGCGCCCCUCUCCGUAGGGGGGGUGCCCCGACUCGCCGGGGGCGGGGUCACGUCCCACCCGGGCCGCCGAGGGCACCGGCGCUACGGAAACCUGAGCGUGGCCAACAGCAGGGGCUUCCUGGGCCACCUCCCUGGGAGCCUGCGGCCCGCAGUGGGUGCGCUAGCCGCUGCCACCCCUGAGCCGUCGUGGAUCCCACUCUCGCGCACAGCACCUGUGGACUCCCUUGUCAAGCGUCUGGAGCUCCCCUGAGGGAACAGAGCCCAGGAUAGACAUGCUACUACUACCGAUUCCUGCCCCUUUGGAGCGGCGAGGAGUGGGUGAGGCGAAACCGGUUCGCUGCACAGAGGAGCCCCCCCGUGCUAAGGGCGGCCAGGCCCUGCAGCGGGGGCGCAGGGGCCUACUCCGGGAUGGCGAGCAGGAAGAGGAAGGCAUCCGGGAGUGGUUUCUGUACUUCCAUCAGAAGAGUAAGAGAUGGAACCUGAAGAAGAAAGGAUUCGGUACAGCCAGAGAUUGCGUGGUACCAUGCGACGUCGCUAUGAAGAUGAUGGCAUUUCAGAUGAUGAAAUUGAAGGGAAAAGAACUUUUGACUUGGAAGAGAAGCUCCAUACCAACAAAUAUAAUGCCAAUUUUGUUACUUUUAUGGAGGGAAAAGAUUUUAAUGUAGAGUAUAUCCAGCGGGGUGGCUUGAGAGACCCUCUCAUUUUCAAGAAUUCUGAUGGACUUGGAAUAAAGAUGCCGGAUCCAGACUUCACAGUGAAUGAUGUCAAAAUGUGUGUGGGGAGUCGUCGGAUGGUGGAUGUCAUGGACGUGAACACACAGAAGGGGAUUGAAAUGACCAUGGCGCAAUGGACACGAUACUAUGAGACUCCAGAGGAAGAGCGAGAGAAACUCUAUAAUGUUAUCAGCCUAGAGUUUAGCCACACCAGGCUUGAGAAUAUGGUACAGCGGCCUUCCACGGUGGAUUUCAUUGACUGGGUAGAUAACAUGUGGCCAAGGCACUUGAAAGAAAGUCAGACUGAAUCAACAAAUGCCAUCUUAGAGAUGCAGUACCCUAAAGUGCAAAAGUACUGUCUAAUGAGUGUUCGAGGCUGCUAUACUGACUUCCAUGUGGAUUUUGGAGGUACUUCUGUUUGGUAUCACAUCCACCAAGGUGGAAAGGUCUUCUGGCUCAUCCCCCCUACAGCCCACAACCUGGAGCUGUACGAGAAUUGGCUGCUAUCAGGGAAACAGGGAGACAUCUUUCUGGGUGACCGGGUGUCAGAUUGCCAACGAAUUGAGCUCAAGCAGGGCUAUACCUUCGUUAUUCCCUCAGGUUGGAUUCAUGCUGUGUAUACUCCUACGGACACAUUAGUGUUUGGAGGCAAUUUUUUGCAUAGCUUUAACAUCCCCAUGCAAUUAAAGAUAUAUAGUAUUGAAGAUCGAACACGGGUUCCAAAUAAAUUCCGUUACCCAUUUUACUAUGAAAUGUGUUGGUAUGUGUUGGAGCGCUAUGUAUACUGCAUAACCAACCGAUCUCACCUAACUAAGGAAUUUCAGAAAGAAUCCCUUAGCAUGGAUAUGGAAUUAAAUGAGUUGGAGUCUGGAAAUGGUGAUGAGGAAGGGGCGGACAAAGAAGCCCGACGCAUGAACAGUAAGCGAUCUGUGCUUACCAGCCCUGUGGCUAAUGGAGUCAACCUGGAUUAUGAUGGACUUGGCAAAGCCUGCCGAAGUCUUCCAAAUCUGAAGAAAACUCUGUCUGGAGACUCAUCCUCAGACUCUAGUCGGGGAUCCCACAAUGGCCAAGUUUGGGAUCCCCAAUGUAGCCCUAGAAAGGAUAGGCAAGUGCAUCUGACCCACUUUGAACUUGAAGGUCUUCGAUGUCUUGUAGAUAAGUUAGAGUCACUGCCACUGCACAAGAAGUGUGUCCCCACAGGGAUAGAAGACGAAGAUGCUCUGAUUGCUGAUGUAAAGAUUUUGCUGGAAGAACUUGCCAGUAGUGAUCCCAAGUUAGCCCUCACUGGAGUUCCCAUAGUACAGUGGCCAAAAAGGGAUAAGCUUAAAUUUCCGACCAGGCCAAAGGUGAGGGUUCCUACAAUUCCCAUCACAAAGCCUCACACCAUGAAGCCGGCUCCGCGCCUAACACCUGUAAGGCCUGCUGCAGCCUCCCCCAUUGUGUCAGGAGCCAGGCGGAGAAGAGUGCGCUGCAGGAAAUGCAAAGCCUGUGUGCAAGGAGAAUGUGGAGUCUGCCACUACUGCAGGGACAUGAAGAAAUUUGGUGGGCCUGGACGCAUGAAGCAGUCCUGUGUCCUCAGACAGUGCUUAGCACCUAGACUGCCUCAUUCAGUUACAUGUUCUCUCUGUGGAGAAGUAGAUCAGAAUGAAGAGACACAGGACUUUGAAAAGAAACUCAUGGAAUGCUGCAUCUGCAACGAGAUAGUUCAUCCUGGCUGCCUCCAGAUGGAUGGAGAGGGGUUGCUUAACGAGGAAUUGCCAAAUUGCUGGGAGUGUCCAAAGUGUUAUCAGGAAGACAGCUCGGAGAAAGCCCAGAAGCGGAAAAUAGAAGAGAGUGAUGAAGAAGCUGUACAAGCCAAAGUCCUACGGCCCCUGAGGAGCUGCGAGGAGCCUCUCACACCCCCGCCUCACUCACCUACUUCCAUGCUGCAGCUCAUCCACGACCCGGUUUCUCCCCGGGGUAUGGUGACUCGGUCAUCCCCUGGGGCUGGCCCCAGCGACCACCACAGUGCCAGCCGUGAUGAACGCUUCAAACGGCGGCAGUUGCUGCGGCUACAAGCCACAGAGCGCACCAUGGUACGGGAAAAGGAGAACAAUCCCAGCGGCAAAAAGGAGCUGUCUGAAGUUGAGAAAGCCAAGAUCCGGGGAUCGUACCUCACUGUCACGCUACAGAGGCCCACCAAAGAGCUCCACGGGACAUCCAUUGUGCCCAAGCUGCAGGCCAUCACGGCCUCCUCUGCCAACCUUCGCCCUAACCCCCGUGUGCUAAUGCAGCACUGCCCAGCCCGGAACCCCCAGCGUGGGGAUGAGGAGGGGCUUGGGGGAGAGGAGGAGGAAGAGGAGGAGGAGGAGGAAGAUGACAGUGCAGAGGAGGGGGGUGCAGCAAGGCUGAAUGGCCGGGGCAGUUGGGCUCAGGAUGGAGACGAAAGCUGGAUGCAGCGGGAGGUCUGGAUGUCUGUCUUCCGCUACCUCAGCCGCAGAGAACUUUGUGAAUGUAUGCGAGUGUGCAAGACGUGGUAUAAAUGGUGCUGUGACAAACGACUUUGGACAAAAAUUGACUUGAGUAGGUGUAAGGCCAUCGUGCCCCAGGCUCUCAGUGGCAUCAUCAAGCGGCAGCCAGUAAGCCUGGACCUUAGUUGGACUAACAUCUCCAAAAAGCAGCUGACAUGGCUGGUCAAUAGGCUGCCAGGAUUAAAAGACCUCCUCCUAGCAGGCUGUUCCUGGUCUGCAGUAUCUGCCCUCAGCACCUCCAGCUGCCCCCUUCUCAGGACCCUUGAUCUUCGGUGGGCAGUAGGAAUUAAAGACCCUCAAAUUCGGGACUUGCUGACUCCACCCACAGAUAAGCCAGGUCAAGACAAUCGAAGCAAACUCCGGAACAUGACUGACUUCCGGCUGGCAGGCCUUGACAUCACCGAUGCCACUCUCCGACUCAUUAUUCGCCACAUGCCCCUUUUGUCUCGACUUGACCUCAGUCACUGCAGCCACCUUACAGAUCAGUCCUCCAACCUGCUCACUGCUGUCGGGUCUUCCACUCGAUACUCCCUUACAGAGCUCAACAUGGCGGGUUGCAAUAAACUGACAGACCAGACCCUGUUCUUCCUAAGGAGAAUUGCUAAUGUCACCUUGAUUGACCUUCGAGGAUGCAAACAGAUCACAAGAAAAGCCUGUGAGCACUUCAUCUCAGACUUGUCCAUCAACAGCCUCUACUGCCUGUCUGAUGAGAAACUGAUACAGAAGAUUAGCUAAGACAUGCUCAGCCCAGACUGAACAGGAAAAUCUUCCCCUGCCUUCCCAUCAAGGAGAGUCUCUCCCUGACCCUUCGCAGGCUCUGAGGCCAACGACACAUUCCCUCUCUGCUCUCUUUUUCUCUGAGCCCUUCUCCCACAGGUGGGGCAGAGAGAGGUUGGUGGACACCAAGGUUAUUGCCUGCUCCUCUCCCUCCCAAGGAAAAGAGAGGAGAGGUUGAUCAAGGAGAAAGCACAGGCUGUGCUAUCCCAGUACCUUGCUUGCUUGCUCGUCUGCCAGCUAGGAUGCUGGGCUCUCAGUUUGGGGGAAUUUGUGCAUCUUUCACCUGCACUGGGCUAAGAACCCUCCCUUCUCACCCAUAGUCCCCAGCAGUGCCUGGUUCUGAGCAAACUCUAGGGAGAAUGGCCAGAUUCUCCUCAUGGUGUCCGUUGCGUGUCUCUCCUCCGUUAAACUCUCCCGGCUUCCGCAGGAGGAGCCAGCAGCCCUAGAAACACCAGGCCUGGCAGGUCUCAAUGGUGCUGUGAGUUGUCUGAAGCUUUGCUCCAUGUCUAUGAUAGCCCUUUUUUCUUGUCCCUGAGCUUGAUGCUGUCCAACACUCAUUCAUAUAAUCAGUCCCUAUUCUGCCAUCACUCCGUAAUUUUUCCACUAGUCACCGGUGCACUUGUCCAUUGUUGCACUUACUUGGGGUUAUCAAAGGCUCUUCAGAGGAGCUGAACUCUGCCCCAGGAAUCCCCAUGUCAUUGCUCCCCAGGCAUAUUCUAAGGCAGGCAUCAUUAUCCCCCCCACCACGCCCCCCACCCCUGUUACUGCCCACCAAUUGCCCCUUCCCAUUUGUCCUGUCUCCUGCGUAAGCAGGGCUUUUCCAGAUUUUGUGUCCUCAGAAGGAGCAGCAUGUUUCUCCAGGUGGGGGAAACAGAAGACUGGUCGAAUCCCCACCUUCCUCCAAGCCAGGCUUUUUUGGGCUCUGGUUUAGCAUGGCCCUCUGAGCCCAGGCCUGUGUAUAACCUAGCAGCUCACUGACCUGGUGCCUUUUAAGGGGAGUCCUGAUUGAAAACCUACCCUCUGCCUGCAGCCUUGGAAGUGUGUGUGCAUGUGCCUGUGUGUCUGGCUAAGUGUGCUGCACAUAUGUGCAGGGAAGGAGAGGAGCAUGAUGUCUCCCACUCCUCCAUUGCCCCUCUUCAAGCCCCAUCAGCUGCCCCCUUUUACUUUGCAUUGAACGGCCUGUCCAAAGAUCCUCUCUCUAGGGCAGCAGAGAGCUUUUUGCACUUUAAAGAAAGAAAGAAAGAAAAUGGUCGGAACUAUUCUGGGUCAAUAUUUAGAGUAUGAGGAGAUGCUCAGCAGAGGCCUGUGGCCAGAGUUUGUCAGUGAUACAUGCAAAUUUGCACUCUGCUCCCCAUCUCCCCAUAGGAGAUUGAUAAUUGAUAGCACAGCCUUGCCCCGCCUUCUCUUAACCCUAAACAUACCCCUUCCCACCCCAUUUCCUGUAAUCUAGCCUCAGACUUUCCUAAACUCCAUCAGGAGGGGACAGAGCCCGGGCACCAUGAGUCUGAAGUGUGAACUGCCCAAGGAGAGAUGCUAACUGUACCCUUGCCACUGCCAAAGCAAUAGAGGCAGAAGUGUCCCCUCUGCCACCCGACCCAGCUUUGACCCUGGCAAUAACCAGACUUUUUCCAGGAAAACUGGGUUUCUGGCAAGGGGUGGUAUUGGUUCUUCCAAUCUGCUGAUUUCUCUUGGCUGCACCUUAAAAACAGCAGUCUGCUCCCUUGACCCUCUGCCAUUCCAUUGGUCUUCAGGUCCCAGAAUUCUGGGACUGAAAUGUUGAGGAAACGCCAGUGACUUAUUCCAGAGUGCCUCCGUUAGGGGAACUUCUGUAAAGAACCCUGGGUGUUGAGCAAAAACUUUAUUAAUACUAUUAAUGACCUAUAAUUAGAAGCUUCCUGACUUUUUUUUCUUUUUGGUUGCUCCUGUGGAAAAUACUAAAAUUACUAAGUUUUGUUUGUUGUCUUUUUAUGAAAGGGGAGGUGGAGAGACCCUUUCAGAGCAGGGAUUGUGCCGGGAGAGUGCCUCUGACCUUUGGGACAGUUCAUCCACAGAAAUUUCUAAGCUGAUGGCUUGUCUGGGUUUUGGUCUUUGCAUUUGGAUUUCGAGAAAACAAGCAUUUUACUGCACAGAAAUUUGUCAGUUGAAAAGGGAGCUCAGGAUGGUGGCAGAUGGACUGAAGCCCUUGCUGGGUCUUACUUUUCUUUAAGACUAUGAGGGAGAAUGGUUUUUAGAGGUGAGAGUUGGUCCUUGCAAAAGAGAGAAGUGUCUCUGAGGACAUAGAACAUGCAGAUCUAUAGUCCUGCACCUACUCUUAGCUGUGGUCUUGCCAGAGCCUGGCCUCAGACUGCAGGACCAGAUCUCUGCCUUCAUCUUUCCACAUACUGGGGCAAAAAACCACAAAGGAAAGGAAGAAAAUUAUAUAUAUAUAAUUAUAUAUAUAUAAUAUAAAAUCACUUGGUGAUUAAAAAAAAUAACUGCUCAAUAAAUAAAACUCCUAAAGUCACUAUGUUUAAAGGGUUUGGUUUUUUGGGGGGGCGGGAAAUAUUGUAAAUAUAUAUUUUUUGUUGCUUAUUUAGAGUCGAUCUCCAAUGUUGUGCUAAGAUUUUUAAAUUAAAUGUAAGCAUUAAGGGAAUGAGUCUUAGGCCACCAGCUGACACAUUGGCAUUAUUUUGGGUCAGGGAAGGAGAAAGCUAGUUGGACUUUGUUUUCUAAAAGUUCCCCACUUGGUUUUAGAAAGAGCAAAGAUGUCUUUCUUCUGACACUCGGGAAUGGGAGAUAUUUGUGUAAUAAAAUUUUUAAAAGACAAAAAAAGAAAUAGCCUCCAAUGGGAAAUAUUUUGAUUUGGUUUUCUUUUUUGUUUUUGUUUUUAAAUAAAAAGACUUUAAAAACAAAAA